AAUUUUUGUGAUUGUGCAUAAUUUUGACGUACGGCGCCGUUGCUUCGUUUUCCGAUCUGUUCUCUGCAAAUUAAAAACGGAAUUUGGAACCACACUUUCCUUCUUUCCUACGCCACCGAAAUCAAUUCCAUCAAUUUCCAAGCUUCUUUCUUUUUGAUUCAAUCAAAUUUGGAGUCAAAUGCGGAGGUAGAGCUACAGAUUUGAAGCACAGGAUCUAGGGUUUUCAGUAUGGAGAGCUCCGAGAAAGUGGUUGCCGUUAUCAUGGUCGGCGGCCCAACUAAAGGCACCAGAUUUCGACCUCUUUCAUUCAAUACUCCGAAGCCUCUUUUCCCUCUGGCUGGCCAACCGAUGGUUCACCAUCCUAUCUCUGCUUGCAAACGGAUACCAAAUUUAGCUCAGAUUUUUCUGAUUGGAUUUUACGAGGAGAGGGAAUUCGCUCUUUACGUUUCCUCUUUGUCCAAUGAGUUGAGACUGCCAGUGAGGUAUUUGAAGGAGGAUAAACCACAUGGCUCCGCAGGGGGGAUUUAUUACUUCAGAGAUAUUAUCUUGGAAGACAGCCCGUCGUACAUCUUUCUACUAAAUUGUGAUGUUUGCUGCAAUUUUCCACUUCCAGACAUGCUCGAGGCACAUAAAAGAUACGGUGGGAUGGGAACUAUAUUAGUAAACAAGGUUUCUGCUGAAGCUGCUAAUCAGUUUGGUGCACUGGUUGCUGAUCCUAUCAGCAAUGAACUGUUGCAUUACACAGAGAAACCUGAGACUUUUGUGAGUGACUUAAUAAACUGUGGUGUAUAUGUAUUUACCUCAGAAAUUUUCGAUGCCAUUCAAGAUGUCUCUAUGCAUCGGGAAGGCAGAGCAAAUCUACGACGAGUCUCCAGCUUUGAAGCUCUACAAUCUGAAACAAGAAACCUUCCAACCGACUUCGUAAGAUUAGAUCAAGAUAUUUUGACUCCCCUUGCUGGGAAGAAACGGUUAUAUACAUAUGAGACCAUGGAGUUUUGGGAACAGAUCAAGACUCCAGGGAUGUCUUUGAAGUGUUCGGCCCUAUAUCUUGCUCAGUUUCAACUAACCUCCCCCCAUCUUUUGGCUAGUGGAAAUGGUACCAAGAGUGCUACUAUCAUUGGUGACGUCUACAUUCAUCCAUCAGCAAAAGUACAUCCAACUGCCAAGAUUGGUCCCGAUGUAUCAAUUUCUGCUAAUGUUCGUGUGGCUGCUGGCGUGAGGCUUAUAAGUUGCAUCAUCUUGGAUGAUGUUGAAAUUAUGGAUAAUGCUGUUAUCAUAAAUUCUAUUGUUGGAUGGAAGUCAUCAAUUGGAAAAUGGUCGCGUGUCCAGGCAAAUGGUGACUACAACCAUAAGCUUGGAAUUACAAUCCUUGGAGAAGCUGUGAUUGUUGAAGACGAAGUUGUGGUGACCAAUAGCAUAGUCCUCCCAAAUAAGACCCUCAACCUUAGCGUACUUGAGGAGAUUAUUUUAUAACAUACCCCUUUUUACACCAUCUCUCUCUUUCUACUAAAAUUACAAACAAUUUUGUGAAUCCAUGGGUGUCCCUUAAGGCUACUGAUUCUUUAUUUUUCAACCUGGAAAACUGUCAAUUGUCAAUAUACGAGUUUUCUUUUUUAAUUAUUACAAGACUUUUGAGUUGGAUUGUUCCUUCUUCCUUUUGCUCGAUGGAUUGAAGGGAGGCAGAGCAUCAAGUUGUAUACAAGGGUCAAGCCAACUUGAUCCUCUUUUCUGACGAUCCCCGAAUGGGGGACCUUGAGAUAGUUCUAUUGUCUUUGUACGAUCCAUACUAGAUUUGACCGGCUACCCAUACUGUUAUUCUACAUUCUUGAAAAUUAAGUUUUAUCUUA